GUCCGUUGAAAAGCGUGAGGUGGGGGAGCACGUCAAGCGCUCUAGAUUGCCCGCAUGAUCGCAGCGUGUACUGGUAACGUACAUUUCUUUUAGCUCAGUCGGAGAAGUCAAUCGUUUAGACCAGCGGAGGAAACGAAUGAGAUUUCAACCGACUGGCACACAGUGAGCGGCUCGACCUGCCAGCAGAUCUCUCACCCCCUUUCUCUUCAGCAGACUGAUAAGGAGACCCAGAUGGAUAACAGGAAGACAUCUGAUGACAAGCCCGUUCAGCGUUCUAAGUCUUUCAGUUUCAAGACACAGAAGGAGACGUGUGCAUCAUGUGAGAAGACUGUUUAUCCGAUGGAGAGAUUGGUGGCCAACAACCUCAUCUUCCAUAACUCGUGCUUCUGCUGCAAGCAUUGCAACACCAAACUCAGUCUGGGGUCCUAUGCAGCGCUGGCGGGGGAGUUCUACUGCAAACCACACUUCCAGCAGCUAUUCAAGAGUAAAGGGAACUACGACGAGGGCUUCGGACGCAAGCAGCACAAGGAGCUCUGGGCCUCCAAGGAUGCAGAGAGCAUCACCAAGACGGCAUAAUCCUCAGUGAUUUCCAAAGCACAUAUCCCCUCCUCUGGCCAGUGAUGACGACCCUUUAUAUACUCUGCCCUCGUCAACAAACACACACAUCCACACAAACACACUUACACAGCCAACAAGCAGUUGAGCCAGGCUUUCUUGAUAUAACACCACAAUCACAGAUAUACCACCAUGUGAUAGGGUCGAAUAGCUUCCCUUUUUUGUUUGAUGUUCUUUAUUUUUUCUUUUUUUCUUUAUCCCACCCUUUUCCUUCUCUGUUUAGUUUAUUUAGCAUUUUGUGUUUGUCUUUUUUUUUUUUUUGUGUUAUGGAGUGAACAGUUAGUUGAUUGUGACCAAAAUCUUUGUAUCCUUAUAGGUGGGUUGAUUCACUUACUAGCAUGAUUACGAUCCUGUCUGGCAGCACUAGUAUCAGUUGAUUUUCUGUCAUAAGAGCUUUCAAGAUGGUUUAGAUUAUACACUCAGGUAAAGAUUUUGGGUUGUUGCAUCAAUAUUAUACAGCAGUCUUUUAUGUACAUGGUGAACUUAAAUGUUUUGUUUUAUGAUUGAUUUUUGUCCCUCACUUCAGUUACAGCAGUUGGUACUGUUUUCAGACUUAAUGGCUUAACAGCCUUAGUCUUUUAUUUUGUCUGCUUUGCUAGCGCAGGGUAUUUUAUCUGAGAAUCUACAGGGUACACAUUACUGUAAAGAACUCCCUUUUUCAUUCAUUUUUUCAUCCCUUUUUUUAUAUUCUUUGAACAUUAAGAAUUGGUAUUUGACAGAUACUGUAAGACAGGCCUCUGUGAUCUAAUUGGACAAUAUCGUUCUUGUUAAAGGUAUAGUUCACGCAAAAUUGAAUAUUCUGUCAUUAAUUACUUACCCUCAUUUUGCUCCAAACCCGCAAAACCUUCAUUCAAGGAAACUACCACAUUAAGGCACAGAAACAUCGUGGGAAAAAAAAUGCAACAUUUGAACCACAUAUGUCACAUGGACUGUUUUAACAAUGUUUUUACUACGUUUCUGGGCCUUGAAUGUGGUAGUUCCCUUGCUGUCUGCAGGGUCAGAAAGCUCUCGGAUUCAUCAGAAAUAUCUUAAUUUGUGUUUGAAGAUGAAUGAAGGUCUUAUGAAGGUCUUAUGUGACAUGAGGGUGAGUAAUUAAUGACAGAAUUUUCAUUUUUGGGUGAACUAUCCCUUUAAGAAUCGGUAUCUUUUACCAAAUGUAGUUGUGUAAACAAUAUUUGCUUAUAGUAUUUGAGUUUAUAUUCCCUUUACCGAAUAUUAAUCACUCUGAGUUAAUCUGAUUACAAAUUAAGAUUUAAACUUUUUAAAUUUAGUCUUAUAUCAGCCAUCUUUCUGGCGCCAUCUAGUGUUUUGGAUGAUAUUUCUUAUUUUACCUAAUGUUGUUUAUUCUUGGCCAUCUUUUAAUGCCAUAUAGUAAUAUCUAUGCUAAUUUUAUCAAAAUAAAUAUACCUUAUGUGUUAUUUUAGUCAAAUUUUUAAGCAGACUGCACUGCAAAUGUUUUUUUUUUUUUUUCAUAUUGUUGCUCCGUGAUUUCUUGCAAAGGCAUUUGUACAUAAGUACCACUUAGCAGAGUGAAUGUACUGUGAUGCACUGUACUUUAUACUUGCUGCAUGGGACCAAGCUUGUUUAACAAAUUAAGAUAUUCACAGGGAACUAGAUCUCAGAGGAAAUUACAUAUCUGAUGCUUUGCACCGUUGUCUCCCCCCACCCUCCACCACUUCCUGUCAUCACAUAGAUUUUCAGCUGUUUCCUGUGGGCUUCUCUGUGUCUGUGAUGGGGUUUCGUGGGACUUUGAGUACAUAAGUAACUGUGUGGCUCCGAAGCAUUGCUCAGGAAUAUGGAUGUGUUAUGAUACAACAGUGUCACCCCUAGCCAGUUUAUCAUUAAUCACUUUUAACUCUAAAUUGACAAACAGUUAGCAAGAGGUUGAGUAAAAAGGGGGUACUGUACAUCUAAAUGAACACUUUCAUGCCAGGUUUUAUAUGCACAUGUCAGCGUGAAACUGUGACUUGUGAAUUGUCACUGUGGCCAUAAGCUGUGACCUCUCCGGUGGUUAAUGUAUUUGUGUACAAACAUCAUUAAUGCCAUCAUGUUGUUUCUUUUAAUGAAUGAAAUGCCUCUGUGUUUUAAUAUUGCUUUUUGCUUUUAUAGUGUAACAUGGUAAAGCUAUUCUGAUAUUUCUGUAUUUGUUAAAGGGGUCAUGAACUGCCAUUUCUGACGUACAAGCAUUCGCGCCGAUUCUGACAUGAAAGAGAAACUGAUUCACGGCAUAACGCAACAGCCCUCCCACUCGAUCUAGAUAAGUUAGGAUUGCAAAGAAGGCUAUUUUUCUUGUAAUCUUGUAAUGUCAUCAGUAAUCCUCUGUUUGGUUCUCUCUAGUAGGCAAUUUUUUCUCCUUCAACAACAAGUGUGAGUAACAGUGGGCGUGGCUAAAGAGGUAGUGAUGUUGAAGCAGGCGUUGAUGAUCUUUUGCGGAGGCGGUGCUUAGCCACACUAUUACAUCAUAAAGUGGCACAUUCCACAACGAGUUGUUUUCUGGCCUUGGUUUAAGUAAAAGCUGUUUUUAAACUAACAAGACAUUUUUGAGUUUUGAAACUUAAAGGACGUUUUUAUAGUACAGUGACCUGUUAUAUGUCAAAAGAUCAAGGGAAAUUGGAUUUCUCAGUUCAUGAUCCCUUUAUUAAAUGCCAUAAAGAAGUGAUUUGUAAAUAGUUUUGCCUUUAGUUUUAUUGCUAUGAUAGUAGCUUGUGUUUGUUGUGUCUGCCUUCCAGUGCAAUGGCCUUUUGUUUUUUAUGUCUGAGGAGAUUCUCCAUUAAGACUUGCUAAGCCAUUGAAAAUCAUCCAAAAAUUUUCAACAACUUGAACGUCACAAAAGUCCCUGUGUAUGCAUGGAUUUAAGAUGACAGUGAAAUCAAAAUGCAUUGCGAGGUUUAGAUGAAUCAAUGAAAGCUCUUGGCAGGAACAGAAAUUAUUUUUUUCAUAUUAAGCCUUAUCAUUUUUGUUGCAUUUUUGCUUCAGAUCCUUGAACAAGUUCUUUCCAGCUUAUGAGUUUCCCCCCCAAAUUCAUCAGCUUUUUAAAAUUUCAUAAUCAAUAUCGUUACUUUCUGAAAAUGUUGCACCUGUAAAUGAUUUGGACUUAUUUACAAUGCAUUUUCUUUUCUGACCAAAUGUGAUUUUAAAUUUGGAACAAACUUUCCACAGACACAAAUCACUGUGUUUUACGUUAGUUGUGUUUGCACACAGUAAGACAAGGUACAAAUGACACAAUAUCCUGCAAACACUUGCUGUCUUUUAUAAACUACAGAACAAACAGGUAAAAGGUACACUCUUCUUUGCUCUUUUCCAAUGGAUUUGUAGUUCUUGAAAUGUGAGUGUGUCUUUGUAAAUGUAUGGAUAUUUAAGGUUCGAAAAGAUUAUUUUUAAAUGCUGUUGACACUGUCUGCAUACUUAGAGUGAGAAAAGAUGUAAACAAAUGUACGCAAAGUGUAUUACUCUAUAUCUAAAACUUGAUCAGUGGAACAAGGUGGCCUUAAAGCAGAAGGAGGUCUUGGCUCUUUACUUGUCUUUUCUGUCCCCCAUCAGGUUUAUUUUUGUCUUAAAUACUUUUAUCAGCCCUCUAGUUCAACUGCUACAACAGUUUAUAAUAAAAUGUAAUUUUGCUUUCUUUCA